GCGAGUCGGUUAGCCAGGUCGGACCAACCAGUUCCCUCUCCAAACUGAACUAAAAAUAAAUAAAUAAAAAAAUAAUAAUUAGGAAAAUCAAAUAUUUAUCUACACAAUACACGUCAAUUUUUUUCCCGUGCCUUUCUGCCUUUGCCUUUUUUCACCGAGUGUGCGUUGUGUGUUUUUCCUGGCUUACGUGAUUGAAAUUGAGACAGCCAGGACAUCAUGAUUGUCAACAUGCCCGUCAACGGCACGGGCAGUGCAUCCAGCCCCACAUCGAACCCCAAUCCCGGCAACAACAACCUGAACAACAACAACAGCAGCACCACCAAUCAAAAUAAUAGUAGUCUUCCCGGGGACUACAAUUUCCUGAAGCGCAAGUACGACGAUCAAGAGGAUCUGGCCUUGGGCCAGGUCUACGAGCCGAUCGAAUCGAAUCCCUGGAAGAAGCGGCACCUGGACUACGACCCAGCCGGCGAUCUGCAGUUCCACCUGCAGCUGGAACAGCCGGCCAGCAAUCCGAAUCCGGCAGUUAAUCCAGCUGCACCCGCCCAAUCCCAAUCCCAGUCGCAAUCUCAGUCGCAGUCUCAGUCAUCCACGACGUCCUUCAUCAACGAUCUCUUUGCCUACGACAGCAGCCUCCUGGUGCCCACCGCCGCCUACUCCCACUGCCCCCCGUCGAGUGCUCCGCUGGAGGACAAUGGCGGCUGGACGGGUGGCGAGCUCCUGGAGCUGGACCAUCGCUACAACUCCGGCCUGCAGGCGGAGCUGGGACAACUGAAUGCCACGCUGCCGCCGCCGCCGCCAGCCACGUCAUCAUCAUCAUCUCAGAACUCUGCACCACAGCAGCCCAAUCCUGGCCAGAAUCCCAAUCACAGUCAGAACUUUCUGGUGCCGCAGAAGCAGCGGCUACUGUCGGCGGGUCGACGCACCUCGUCGGGCUCCCAGGGAAGUGGUGUCGCCCACGAAGCCACCGAGGCGGACUUCGAGGACAAGAACCUGUCCUGGCUGCUGAACUUCAAGUUCGACGAGUUCCCGCACCUGUCGCCGCACAAUCAGGUCCACGGACAGGCAGUCAAUCUGCCGGAAGGCGGUGCUCCUCACCCACAUCCUCCUGCCUCCACGGCGAUGGCGAUCAGCACGUCACCCUGCAGUUCCGCCUCGCCCACAUCCGCCUCCGUCUUAUCCGCCGCCUCAGCCACGAACUCGACGCAUUCCCUGGGAUCGGGAAUGAUGGAUCAACGGGCCAGGUCGCCGAAGAGCUGCUCCAGUGCGGCGAUGCCAACGAGCGGAGGAGGUGGAGGUGGAGCAGGAGGAGGCGGCUGCUCUGGAGUCGCUGCCUCUCCAGCAGCCGGAGUGGGCUCCACCAAGACGGGCCGCAAGUUCGAGGAGCUGGUGAUGGAGGUCACCUCGGAGCUGGACGGCAACGACAUGAUCGUCGCCGAGCACGUUGUCGUCGAGGAUACAUCGUCCAAGGCGCCAAAGAAACCACCGUUCACCUACACGGAGCUCAUCGAAUACGCCCUCGAGGAUAAGGGUGAGCUGACUGUGUCGGGCAUAUACCAAUGGAUAUCCGAUCGCUUUCCCUACUACAAAUCCAAUGAUGACCGCUGGAAGAACUCAGUUCGACACAAUCUCUCGAUUAACCCACACUUUCGCAAGGGCGUGAAGGCGCCUCAAGGAGCCGGUCACCUGUGGGCCAUUUCCAGCGGAGAUUCGGCCGAGAAUGUCCUGGCCUGGGAGCAUAAGAAGCAGCGACUGGAUUUAUUCUUUAAAAUGGAGUCGAUCAACCGUGAGCGCAUUCAGCAGCACCAGCAGCAGCAGCAAUUGCAGCAGCAACAUCAGCAGCAGCAGCAACAGCAACACUCGCCGCAGCAGCAGCAGCAACAUCAGACGGCACAGCAGGCCAGCAGUUGUCUCUACGAUGAAGCGGCGGUGGCAGCCGCCACUCUCACCCAGGAAAUGAUGCAGUCGUCCGGCGGUGGCAACGAGGCCACCCAGCAGCAGCAUCACCACAGCCACCAGAACCACCAGAGCCACCAUCACAACCAUCACCACCAAAGACUGUUGCCCUUCAACGAUCUGCUGAGCGACGACGAGCUGCGAAAGACGGCGGGCCAGAUUCUGAAUGGAAUCCAUCGCGAGGUGGAGGUGCAGUCGGUCAACUCCAUCAUCAGCACUUAUCACGAUGUCCUGCUGGAUAAUGACUAUCUCAAUCCCAUACACAAGGAUGUGGUGGUCACGGAAAGUGUCCUGCGGCAGCAGCACGGCAACCUGGGCGGCGGCAGCCACAACCAUUUGGGCGGCAAUGGGCACAUGGGCAGCGGGAGCGGAAGUGGAAGCGGCAGCUCGCAGUACUACAUCACCGAGAUCGAUCCCAUGGAGCUGGGCAUCCAGAUGUCGCACCAGGUGGAGCCCUCCGAGGAGGAGGUGCUCUUCAGCGACGAGUUCAACCUCAACUACUUUGGCUACAAUCCCGGCAGCGAUAUAGUCGCUUGACCGCGCAGACAGCAGACUCCAGUUUCAGCUCCUCCAGCUCCCGCUCAGCCAAGCAAUUGAACUAUACAAAUAUAUAGGUAUAUCUAUAUAUUGAUCGAUCCUGCUCGAUGCCAUGACAACAAUCGUAAUUGUAGCCGAUCUACUCAUAAGCCAACUCUAAACGAAUACUAGUCACACUUGAACAACACUUACAUGUAACCACCUAAACCAAAGUCCCAUUUACCAUUUACCAUUUAGACCCUAUGUAUAGUCUAGUCUUGAGUGUACCAAUAACAACCCCAGCCCCCCUCCACAACAAGUCAUAUUUUUUUGUCUAUACUUUAGUUGAAUACCUAGCCGAUAAGUAGCUUGCUAGCCCUAAGUACUUACUCGUAUAUCUAUGUAUCUAUCUGCAGAUAUUACAUACUUAGCUCUUGCUCGUCUCCGAAUUUAGUUAAGUGUUUUUACAUGUAGCCGAAUAUCCGUAAACAAUACCAGGCAGAUUGAUCUCCUCUCCUCUUAAAUGUUACCGAAACUAGGUCUAGAGAGCAGACAAGUAAUACCCAUGUCCGUAGAACUAAUGGCACCUAACUGG